GUCCCGGCGGAAACACCGCGAGAUCACCUGACUUGACUCCUCUACUUCCUCAAAGUGUAAACAUUGGCAAUCGCAGGGCAGUGUUAAGCUGCAGAGCAAGUCCUGGGCGGUGGAACUAUGUGUUAGAUUAGCCGCAGAACACAAUGUGACGUUUGAACCUUUGUACGGAGCCACGGAGCGGCUGUGAGUGGAGAACAGCCGGAUCGAAGAAGCUCAAAGGCUUGUAUGCUGUGUGGGUAUGGGUUCCAUCCCUUGCUGGUCCAAAUGGAGAAUAAAGGGAGCGACGAGGUGGAAAAAUUGAAGACAAAGUUCUUGUCAGUGUGGCACAAUGUGAAGUACAGUUGGGCUCUGAAAUCCAAGACCUCAUUCAGCAGAAAUUCCCCAGUACUUCUUCUCGGGAAAUGUUACCAUUUCAAGGCUGAAGACGACGACAGGCUCGCAGAUGCCUGCUAUGAAGCCUCUGAUGAGGACUUCAUCAUGGGGAACGUGGAGGCUUUCCGGAAGGACUUUGCGUCUCGAGUGUGGCUGACCUACCGGGAGGACUUCCCUCCGUUGCCCGGCUCCACCCUGACCUCCGACUGUGGCUGGGGAUGCAUGCUGAGGGCGGGACAGAUGAUGCUGGCUCAGGCGCUUAUUCUGCACUUCUUGGGCAGAGAUUGGACCUGGUCGCAGGCACUGACACUCCAGCCUUUAGACACAGAGACAUGGACUGCCACCGCAGCCAAACGUCUGGUUGCCUCUCUGGAGGCUUCUCUGCAAGGCUCCCAGGGGCCCUCUGAUCCCGGAUUACCAACCAUGCCUCAAGCCCAGGCCCCGGGAUCUGCGGAGGAGGCAGAUGCACAUGUGAAAGAGACGUACCACCGCACACUGGUGUCCUGGUUUGGGGACAGCCCCUCGGCUCUGUUGGGCCUCCACAGGCUGGUCCGCUUAGGCCUGACAAUGGGGAAACAGGCAGGGGACUGGUAUGGACCUGCUGUGGUGGCGCACAUCCUCAAGAAAGCUGUCGAGGAGGCGAUGGACCCUGGCUUGGCGGGUAUAACUGCCUAUGUCUCCCAGGACUGCACAGUGUACAGCGCUGAUGUUGUCGAUAGCCACAGGGCACCAACAGCAGGGCAGGCCUCCGCUGAGAGACCAGAUGCCCCUCCUCCGCCACAGAACAGCCAACCAGCGUCUGCCCCCACCCUGCCAGACAGCCGAGCCGUCAUCAUCCUCAUCCCUGUGAGGCUGGGAGGGGAGAAGAUAAACCCUGAGUAUUUUGACUUUGCAAAGAGCAUACUGAGUCUGGAGUACUGCAUAGGCAUCAUCGGAGGGAAGCCCAAACAGGCCUGCUACUUUGUAGGAUUUCAAGAUGACAGCUUGAUUUACAUGGACCCUCAUUACUGUCAGUCUUUUGUGGAUGUCAGCACCAGCGAUUUCCCUCUCCAGUCAUAUCAUUGCCCCUCACCAAAGAAGAUGCCUUUCAGCAAGAUGGACCCAAGUUGCACCAUAGGUUUCUACUCUAGGAGUAGCCAAGACUAUGAGAGAAUCAGCCAAGAGCUGUCUAAGGUGCUGCAGCCAUCAGCGAAGGAGAAAUACCCAGCGUUCACUUUCGUGCAAGGCCGUGGCAAAGAUUACGACCUGUCGGUGGGCCUGACCCCAGAGAAGAGGGAAUGGCCCUUCAUCCGUGACCCAAGGAGGACGGUCACCACUGCUGGGGACUUUGUGCUGCUUUGACGGCACUGUUUAAAAGACUAGUGACAGGGAACUCCCUCUUUUUUGAGAUUCAAACUCCUCAGUAUCCAGAGCCUGGACUAAAUGUUUUUAACUCUUUUAAACAACAGUGAUUCAGUUUAUUCAACCUUGAAACUUUGUUGGUGUGCAGUUUUAGACAAAAAUGCUGCUAAGUGCUUGGACUUGUGUUUGUUGCCUGGCAAUGUGAGCGUACUGAAUAAUUUGUCAGGAAGCCUUGGGGCCUUUUUCGGUGCUCUGCUGAAUUUAAUAACCCGAAAUUUUCAUAUAUCCAUCUAGAAAAGAACAGCAUUUAUGGGAACACUAUUCAUUUUGCACCAUUAUUUGUAUUUCUAUGGACUUCAGACAAGAUGUCGAUAGUGACUUUAUCAACACGCUAGAUUUUGGGAGAUUUGGUAAAGGGUUGUUCUGCACCUUACAUCAUGUUGAGGUCUUAAAGGGAUUUGCUUAUACUGAUCGCUAGGUCCAAGUCAGCACUCCCACGUCGAGCUGCUAUCCGAAUUCAAGGCUAAGUGUCAUAGAGGAGUAGUAACUAUGACUAAAAUCAGUGUUGGCCGGCUUUAAAAUGUUUUCAAAGGACUACACCUAUAGUAUUUAGACAGUUUCUCAAGUUUGGUUAGCAGUAGCCCACAGAAGCGUGGUAAAAGCCUUAAUUAAUAUGGGCCAAGGGCUUUCUGAAGAUAGACAGAGCUAAGUAACUUUGACAAACUUCUCUACUAAAGACAUUUCAUCAAACAAGAUGAAUUCUUCACUCAUCUUAAUGGUUUUGUAAUAUGAUAUGAUUUGAUGUCUUGAGUGCUAUUAAUUUUGGCUGAGUUAUGCAUCGCAGUGAAAGUGACCAGCGGUAGCCAGAGAGUUUGUCAAAGAGACAAUGGUGUUUUGUGCUACACUUCACCAAGCACUCCCUGUUAUUAAUAACCCUUUAAAAUGGGAUGCUUUGGAUGUAUUCGUAUGUACUGUAUAUACACUACUGGUCAAAAGUUUCAGAAAAAAACCCAUUUUUCUAGUUUUUAUAGAAACUCCAGCAGUUCAAGUCCAUUGGAAAACCUUAAAUGGUGCAAAGGCAAGUGGUAAACUACUGUGAAAAAAAGGUUUAGGUCACCAAAAACUGAAAAAUCAUUUUAAACUUCAUAUAAAACGGGCCUUUUCAGGGAUCGAGUAAUGGGUUAUUUUAAAGCUUUUUGUACAGGAAGGGAAAUAAAUGAAGCCUUGAAAGUUAAUGCAAACAAUUCCUACGGCUGUCCCAACUUUUGCCGAUUACUUACAAACCCCCUGUCUGUACAAAGGCAAUGUUGGAACAAACUGUUUUAUUACACCCUCUGAUGCAUUAUUAGGACGAUACAGUACUGCAGGAAGUAGUACUGUAUUUUUCCAUCAUAAUGUCGAGGAAAAAGGCAAUAACAACGGAAGCCAGACAAAAUGGUCAGGGGUUCAUUCUACAGCAGGCCAAUGACCCAAAACAUUAGAAGAAAAGAACUAGAAGGUGGCUUCACAUGAUGGAAGACCAGCACAGUGUCCGGACUUAAACCCCAUCGAGCUGGUUCGGGAUGAACUGGACAGAAGGUAAAAGCCAAGCAACCUGCAAAUGCAACACAUUCGUGGGAACUUCUGCGAGGGUGUCGUGACAAACUUUCCAAACAACGUUUGACUUCCAUUGUAGAAAGAACGACACGAUUGUGUUCGGCUGCUGAAUGAGUCAGAAAAUUUAGUUCAGCGAGAAGAUUCCAUGAAAAUCUUUUGUUUAUUCGUGCUGUGUUUUAAUUUCACAAACACUGAGACACUGAAUUGUGUAAAUUUAAAGAACAGCUGGAAAAAUUGAGGUGCUCUAAAACGUUUGACCGGUAGUAUAAUUAUCUAACACACAUUUAAAACGGCAGCUGAAGUCAAAUGAUUAAAAAAAACACUCUUAAACCAGAUUUAAAGGAAUUGCAGUAUAGGGACAGAUACUUUAUCAACUGUCCAAUCAUUAUUAUUUGUAUUUUGUGUACAAUUAACAAUUUUGGCCAAUUAUUUCAAACCACUUUUGAGAGAUUUUCUAACAUUUCAUUUUAUGUGUCUUAAUAUAUGUCGUUUUUUUCCAAUUCUAUUCUCUAGCAGCAAGUGACUAAACGAUCCAUUGCUGUUUUUACAAAACACUUUUACAAUAAAUAUACUUUAAUAAACUAGAGGUGAAAAAGCACACUAUAAUACAUGUUAAGCUACAAAACCCAUGCACUUUGAGUCAUCACUUCAAAAACACUUAGGUAUUCCGACUGCUGAAUCGUUGUCAUGUACUUUCAUUCAUCACAGCAUCUGCAUGUCUGUAAGUUAACUUUCAAAAAUGAAUCUCUGCAAUCUAAAAUGUUUUUUACCCUGCUGGGUGGAAAAGCUGAAUAAAGUAAAACUAUGUGACUUUC